GUUUUCUCGGCGCUUCAGCAUUGACAUCAUGGUGGCACAGAGGCAGCCUCCGUUGGUGCAGACGCUGCUCCUGGACAACUAUGACUCGUACACGUACAACCUGUACCAGAUGCUGUCCCAAGUGAACGGUCUGGAGCCCAUUGUGUACACGAACGACGCGUUCCAGGGCAACUGGGACGUCGCGUACGCUGCAUUCUUGGAGCACGUCGCUCAAGUGCAAGCGGCGCAUCGUCACGCGGAUGUUCACGUGAACAUCGUGCUGUCGCCUGGACCAGGUACGCCCACCAAGGUAGAAGACUUUGGCUUGUGCGCCGCCGCCAUCUUGAAGUCUCCGCAUGUCCCGAUCCUCGGGGUGUGCUUGGGCCAUCAAGGCAUGGCACAUCUGUACGGCGGCAACGUCGAACGCGCGCCGACUGUCAUGCACGGCCGCACCAGCCGCAUCCAGCAGAAUAGCAACUCAAGCAACGACCCGUUCUUCUUUGGCAUCCUUCCAACGUUUGAAGUCGUGCGAUACCAUUCGCUGCUCGCAACGUCGUUGCCCGUGGCCACGCUCGAGAUUUUGGCGUCGACGUCCGAAGACGACCUUGUGAUGGCAUUCAAGCACCGAACUUUCCCCCAUUACGGUGUUCAAUUCCACCCAGAAUCCGUCUGCAGUGAGUUCGGGUACCAGUUGCUGCAGAACUUUCGAGACAUUUCUAGUGGCGACGCGUGCCAGCCAUGCUCCCUCCACCACGCCCCUUCGUCGGCCCUCAUGCAGUCCGCCAAACAGUCGGCCGUCAAAGAGCCAGCAACUACCUCAGCAACUGCAUCGCCGCUAGUCGACACGUACCACGUGCUUGUGACGUCUGUAGAAAACGUUGCUGUGGACACUUCGAUCGUGUUUGAGAAGCUGUAUGGCCAAUCAAGCCAUUCAUAUUGGCUGGACAGUAGCAACAAUACCCGGUUCUCGUUCAUGGGAGAUACCGCUGGCCCUUUGGCGAAACACGUGGCGUACGACAAAUGGACCAACACUGUGACCAUAGACUCCACCACCACGUCAAGCCUGACGAUCUUGGAGUUUAUCCGGAUGGAAUUGGCCAGUAUGCACGUCCACGACGACUCGCCGCACUUGGCGUCACUCCCGUUUGACUUUCGAGGCGGGUUUGUCGGGUACUUUGGCUACGAAGUAUUAGGUGUGGACCGUCGCUCCGACUUGGCCGUCCAUCCACCAGCAGACCUAGCCGUCCCAGACGCGUCUUUUGUGUUUGCCGACCGCGUGGUGGUGUAUGACGCUCUUGACCAGCACUGGUACCUCCUCGUGGUAACUACUGAUCAAUAUAUGGACGCUGGUCGAAGCUGGAUGGCUACGACGGCAGCUACCUUGCAAGCCAUGACGCCAAUCCAACCACCAAGGCAUAAAAUGGAAUCGUUUGAGAACCCGAUCGUAUUCCAGCCCAGUCGUAGUCGUGCCACGUACGAAGCCAACAUUGCCACGGUGCUGACUGAGAUUCAAGCUGGAGAAACGUACGAAGUGUGUCUGACCAACCACCUGAUUGCAAACGUCAGCAUCACGCAACCCCUAGCCUUUUACAACACGCUGCGAACGCUCAACCCAGCGCCGUUUGCCGGGUACAUUUCGACCCCGUCGUUUAGCAUUUGUAGCUCGUCCCCCGAACGCUUCAUCGCAGUUAACAAGCACAACCACAUCGAGUCCAAACCCAUCAAAGGCACGCGAAAGCGCUGCCAAGACACAGACCAAGAUGCCGCCAUCGCCGCCGAACUCGCAACCUGCGUGAAAGACCGCGCCGAGAACAUGAUGAUCACUGACCUCGUGCGCAACGACUUUGGCCACGUGUGCACCGUCGGCAGCAUCCACGUGCCAAAGCUCAUGCAAGUCGAAUCGUUUGCGACGGUCCACCAGCUGGUCACAACUGUCCGGGGACAGCUCCGCCCCGCCGCCAACGUUGUGGACGCGAUCGCCGCGACCUUCCCGGGAGGUUCCAUGACGGGCGCCCCCAAGAAGCGCACGAUGGAGCUGAUCCGCCGUGUGGAGCAGCACCCGCGGGGCGUCUACUCGGGGGCGAUGGGGUACCUGUCGCUGAAUGGCGCGGCGGACCUGAACAUUGUCAUCCGGACGGCGGUGGUGACCCCCCACCACGUCACGAUCGGGUCGGGCGGCGCCAUCGUCGCGCUAUCCGACACGGACGAUGAGUAUGACGAAAUGCUGCUCAAGACACAGGCGCUGCGGACUGCCUUGGCGGCGUACACCAAUCAACCUGUGACCGUCGAUGUCACCCGUUCGUUUUAUGGGUUGUAAACAGUCACGAAACGAGACAUUUUAACUAUGUGCAAUCUCAGUACAUUGUUAAAGGGGGUGUCACCCCCCCC